AUGAAAGAGGUGGAGCCCAAGGACCAGCAGCUCAUGGUAGCGCUUCGGAUCCGCCCGCUCAGUGACACAGAACUGGAAGAAGGGGCCACCAUCACUGCCCACAAAGUGGGGGACCAGAUGGUGGUGCUCAUGCACCCUGGCGAAGACCCUGAGGACACGCUGCGUGCACACCGGCCGCGGGACAAGACCUUCAUCUUCGACGCUGUUUUCGACCAGCAUGCAUCACAGGAAGACGUGUAUCGUGCCACCACCCAGCACCUGGUGGAAGGUGUCGUUUCUGGAUACAACGCGACGGUGUUCGCCUACGGCCCCUCAGGUGCAGGGAAGACCUAUACCAUGCUGGGCAUGGACGCUGAGCCCGGCAUCUACCUGCAGACCCUCACCGACCUCUUCCGGGCCAUCGAGGAGAGCCGCGACAACGCGGACUGCAGUGUGUCCAUGUCUUACCUGGAGAUUUAUAACGAAGUGAUCCGGGAUCUCCUGAACCCAUCCUCGGGGUUCCUGGACCUGAGGGAGGAUUCUCGGGGCAGCAUCCAGAUCGCAGGCAUCAUGGAGGUCUCGACCUCAAACGCCCAGGAGAUCAUGCAGCUCCUCACCAAAGGCAAUCGGCAGCGCACGCAGGAGCCCACGGCCGCCAAGAGGACGUCCUCCCGUUCCCACGCCGUGCUGCAGGUUACCGUACAGCGGCGGAGCCGCGGCACAGACAUGCUGGAGGGAGUGCAUGUCGGGAGGCUCUUCCUGGUGGACCUGGCGGGCUCGGAGCGGGCAUCGCAGACCCAGAACCGCGGCAAGAGGAGGAAGGAGGGCGCCCACAUCAACCGCUCCCUGCUGGCUCUGGGCAACUGCAUCAAUGCGCUCAGCGAGAAAAGCGGCAGCCGGGCGCAGUACGUGAACUUCCGGGACAGCAAGCUCACGCGCCUGCUGAAGGACGCUCUGGGAGGGAACAGCCUCACGGUGAUGAUCGCGCACAUCAGCCCAGCCAGCACAUCCUUCGAGGAGUCUCGGACCACCCUGCUGUACGCCUACAGGGCAAAGAACAUCAAGACGCGGGUGAAGCGCAAUCUCCUGAACGUGUCCUACCGCAUCGCACAGUACAUGGACGUCAUUUCCGACCUGCGCAGGGAAAUUGAGCGCCUCAAAUCCAAAAUUGAGACGCAGGAGACGGAGAAGAGACGUGAACCUGGCGUCCGGGAUGCGCGAGUCAUGACUCCCCCCCAUGAUGGAGUGGAGGAUAGCCGCCUGCAGAUGAACAAGAUACGGGCCCAGCUCAUUGGGGCCUUCAAGGAGCAGUUGGAGAUGCGGCACAGCCUGAUGGAGCUGGAGAACACCAAUAUAGAGCUGCACAUUGACACAUCGCGCCACCUGCUGACCAUUGCAGACUGGGAGCGGGAGAAGACCCACCAGCACGCGCACAGUGACGGGACUCCAGAGAGGGACGAGGAGCCGGCAGAGACCGAUGUGGAUGGGGACGAGAGCGAGUCUGCGGAGCCACACGAGGUGGCUCUGGCCAGAGAGGAGGUCAACAUGCUUCUCGCCGAGCAGCGGAAAACCGCGGCCAUCAAGGAAGAGCUGAGCCGGGAUGGGACCUGGGCCGACCGCAGAGUCCAUGCCCUUCCCGCUAGUGACGGCCACAGGGGGCCGCAGGGGGCAGCAGGGGGCAGCGCGCAGCAGGGGCGGCCCCGGCUGGAGAGCCACUGGGUCCGUACAGUGGUUCCCGUGUGCAGGUGUCUGUUCAGGCUCGUGGAGGAGGCAUCUGAUGAGGUCACGCUGCUGAUGGCCGGGCUGGAGCAGCGGCUGGCCAAUGCCAAGAGGAAGGCGUUGCAGCUGGAGAAGCUGCUGCCCACACAGGUCAUCAGCGAGGACCAGCGGGAGGUUCUGCGGCUGCUGUGCUGGGCGCACGAGCUGGAGCUGGAGAACACCGAGCUGCAGGCCAGCAGGCUCCGCCGGAGGCACCUGCUCUGUCAGAAGGACUUUGUGAUCCAGCGUCACCACCAGCACCGGCAGCUCUGCGAGCAGCUCAUCCAUGACCUGUGGCAGCUGAUUCAGGAUGGCGGUAUCCCAGUGCCGGAGGCCCUGGACCGGCGCUUCCGCCGGUACUCACGGGAGCUGGGCGAGGGCUCGCUGAACCGUCUGUUGUUGCUGCAUUCGGUCAUGUCCAGCUCCCUGCAGGAUGGCUCGGUUCUGAACCUAUCCCCCCCACCGCCGGACGAGGCCGGCCACGACCAGCCAGAUGACAGGAAGGACCUCCCAUGGGGCGCCCAGUUUGAGCUGCCGCGGAUGCUGCUGCAGACGGACAGAUUGCCCCCGUGUCAUGGAGGCCGGCGGCCCAGCCGCCUGCAGGUGGAGUCCCUGGGCCACCCGCGCUUCUGUCCAGCUGGCCACCACUUCGGGGGUUCCUGCGGCCCCCUCAGGUCUGAUAAGGACUCAGGGCUCACGCGCCCACCAUCGAGCUCCCUGAGUAUGAAGAACUUGGUCUCCAAGGUGUGCCCCCCGACUGGCCUGGACCUGGGCCGCUCGCAGAUGGCAGUGGAGGCCAGCGGCCCAGCCCUGAGCGCUCAGGCCCUCAAGGAGAUGGCCAUGAGCACCAAGAGCAUCGCUCUCAUCGCAGCCACCCGGCGCUCCAAGGCUCAGGACCGUGAGGGUGGCAGUGGCCACUCCUCCCUCCACCUUCCGGAGGAGGUGGCCCUGGACUCCAGGGACCCGAAGGCCAGUGUCACCCCGGAGCCGAGCCCAGGCAGCGAUGGUUCUGCAAAGAGGAAGGCCAGGAGGAAGUGGUCACCCUCCCUCACCUGGAGCGCGCAGCCGGUGGUCGAGCCUGUGGCUGAGAGCCAGCCGCCCCCGGCCCUCCUGCAGCUGACAAAGUCAUCCGGAAAGAGCUUCUUCCCCGCUGUCCCCAUGGCCUCCAAGAUAAAACCCAGCCUCAGUGUCCACGCAGGGCAUGUGUGGGUCAAGGAGGGAGUGCGUCCUAGGGCCGUGGCCACGGACUUCGAGGACCGUGGCAACGUGCUCUGUCUCGCUGCCAGGGCUGGCGCUCCCGUGCCCCUCCCACUGGGCCUGGCUGUCUGCUUGGAGGAGGAACACACGUGUCCUCGGCAGGUGUACAAGGAGGCCCUGCAGGUAGCCGGGGUGGACCAGGGAUCCCGUAUCGCAGUUUCGGGCAGUGGUGUUGCUGGCCCUGCACUCAGGCCUGAGGUGUGCGGCGUCUGGGUGUGCAGCGUCGAGCCUCGGCCCUGCGGGCAUCUGAACGGGCGAAGAACGGCUGUCACUGAGUGGACGGCGGAGGGGUUGGCCUGUUCUGGCCACUUCCUGCUCACGGACGCCCACGACGUGCGGCUGUGGGUCUGGCUUCUCGUGCGGGGCAUCCCUGGGCUGUGGCAGCAUCAGAGUUCACGCUCUGUUACGGCCGACGAGAAGAUGCCCCCGGUGCCUGAGGUCAGCUUCACCCUCCCCAGCGCCACGUGGCAGAGCGCCCCGGGCCUAAGUAAGGCCCCGAUCCUGCCCCGGGACAUCCGAGGGUCUACAGAUAGUGGAGGCCGGCACCACAGCCCACUGCCCCCCAGCGCCCCCCGCAAGCCCCGGGGCAGCGCCAAGCGGCCACGAAGGCCCCACUGCCUCGCCAACCCCCUUCAGAGGGAGGGCCGUGGAUGGGAUGUCAGAGCCCUUCUGAAGGACGCCUCAGGAGGAGCCUCAGGCCUCAUCUGGGUCAUUCCCAGCCGCUCCGGAACAAGCCAGCGUGCAGCGGACACGGUGCCCAACGAUCGGGAGCCGGCCGUGGAAGCUGUGAACCCAGGAACCAAGGUUCUAACGUCUCAGCAGGAUAGAAAAGUCCGGGAAGCCCCCAGGACUGUCCCUGGAGCGCCGGGUCGCCACCUUCUCUGGAUCUGCUUUUGA